AAGCGCAUGGCUUUGCCAGAGUUGGUCGGGAGGAAACUAAAGGCCGCAGGUCUGUUAGCGGCGAUAAAGCUCCCCAAUAUCAAAAUAUAUCGCUUACGGUACACUUCACCUGAGCGAGUGUUACGAAUUUGCUACUAUAUUUAAAAAUCUAAAGAAGACAUUUUUGUCUUUAUUCAUCAACAUGGAUCCCGCAGUAUUAGCCAAAUUGGAAGAAGGGUGGUGUUCGCUAUACUCUUCUGAUAGCAAAUCUUUGCUAAAGAAAUAUUUGACAAAAGAGGUACUAGAUGACUUAAAGAACAAAAAGACAAAAUUCGGAUCCACACUUUUGGAUUGUGUGCAAUCUGGAUUUGAAAACCAUGAUUCUGGAGUUGGAAUUUAUGCUCCUGACGCUGAUGCGUAUACAGUGUUUGCGCCAAUUUUCGAUCCCAUAAUUGAGGACUAUCAUAAAGGAUUCAAAUCUACGGAUAAACAUCCCGCCAAAAAUUGGGGUGACGUGACCACACUUGGUGACCUGGACCCAGAAUGCAAGUACAUUAUUUCCACGAGGGUACGUUGCGGUCGUUCACUAGAAGGCUAUCCGUUUAAUCCACUAUUGACCGAACAGCAGUACAAGGAGAUAGAGGAUAAGGUUUCUUCUACGCUCACGGGACUCUGCGGCGAAUUGAAAGGAGAGUUUUAUCCCUUAACUGGCAUGUCCAAAGAUGUACAGCAGAAAUUAAUCGAUGACCAUUUUCUAUUUAAGGAAGGGGACCGAUUUUUACAGGCUGCUAACGCUUCGCGAUUCUGGCCAACUGGUCGUGGUAUAUUCCACAAUGAGAACAAGACGUUCCUUGUUUGGUGCAAUGAGGAAGAUCAUUUAAGACUCAUAUCGAUGCAACAAGGAGGAAACUUGGGAGAGGUAUACACAAGACUCGUCACAGCAGUGAACGAUGUGGAAAAAAGACUUCCGUUUUCACAUCACAACCGUUUGGGCUUUUUAACAUUCUGCCCAACAAACUUGGGGACAACUAUUCGUGCAUCAGUUCAUAUUCAGCUGCCCAAAUUAGCUGCGGACAAAGCUAAAUUGGAAGAAAUUGCAGGAAAAUAUAAUCUUCAAGUUAGAGGUACUCGUGGAGAACAUACAGACGCAGAAGGCGGAAUAUAUGAUAUUUCAAACAAGAGAAGAAUGGGUUUGACUGAAUAUCAAGCUGUUAAGGAAAUGAAUGACGGUAUAAAAGAGCUCAUAAAGAUCGAGGAACAGUUGUAAAUCAGAAUGUUGUAAUAACAUUCUACCUACAUAUAGGCCUUCAAAUUUCAAUAAAUCUAGUCAAAUAAAAAAAUGUAGUUAUUGCUUAUUUUUUUUCACUAUCGUUACUUUAUUUUGCUAGAGCAAAAUAUUGUUAACGAGGUUAAAAAGCUAAUAUACAAUGGACAUUAAGCUAAGCUAUGCAAUGCAUUUUAAUAUAUUAUUAUUAUAUUAUACAAAUAGACACACAUGUGAGUAGAUAAUAUUAUAAUAAAAUUAUAACAAACUACCAGA